AUGACCGGGGCCGCCGACCCGGCUGCCAACGCUGCUUGUUCGGGAUGCCGGAAAAAACACCUCAAGUGCGAAUGGAAUAUCGAUGCCGCCGCCGCCGCCUGUUCCUCCGACGGCCGCGCCUUGACUGGAUGCGUUCGGUGUACCGUGGGCGGACUCAGAUGCGAGCGCGGCUUAAACGUGCGAUUCAGGCAUUACCCGACCCGGCUCAUCGACUUCGGUAACCAUCGCUGGGUAGCUUACCCGCGUCGAGUCCGUUUUGUCGACGAAACAAGGGACAUUGAGGCUCUGUAUGGUGACGACGACGACGAUGUCCCCGAAGCAAGUGGUGCUGCGUGGCGUGCAUCGCUAAGCCCGCCCACUCCCCGCCAAGAGCUGGGCCCAUGGCAGCGCCCUCGAGGGCACAGCCGGGUCGAGAUGGUGCUGGAAUCCAAGGGAAGCCGCUUGCACAGCUACCGAAACCUGGAUCAGCGGUCCUUGUCUGCCAUUCCCUCGGCCUCCGGGCUCUCGCUGGCGACUCCCAACGAUGCGUUCUUGGGCCGGCCCUUUCCGCUCCACAGCUGGCGCGAGGCCAAGCUGAUGAAGUACUAUCUCGAGUACAUGUGCCAUUGGUUCGAUGUUUGCGACACAACGCGGCAGUUUGCCGUCCAUGUUCCUCGCAAAGCAAUGUCUUGCCCGACGUUGCUCAAUGCCAUAUAUGCCCUCUCCAGCAGACAUCUGAGCUUGAAGGAAGGACAGUGUGACGAAUGGAUUUCGAACCAGUAUCACGAGCGUUGUCUCCGCCAACUGUCGAGUGUAUCCAACGACUCCAACGCACUACUCGACGAUGACCUGCUGGCCGCAACGAUUUUGCUUCGCACCCUAGAAGAGCUCGAAGUUCCUCUUCUCGGAACCGACAACGAGGGGCAUUUGAUGGGGGUCCAGGUCUUUAUGAAUGCGCGAAGCGGCUCAUCGGCAGCCGUCAGUAGCCUACGGCAAGCGGCGUACUGGAUCGGGCUGCGUCAGGAGGUGACCAUGGCCGUGGCCAGCCAGCGACCCAUCAAGUUUCCCCUGUCGCUGAGCUUCGUGGACCAGUCGUUUUCGCCGGCCGACGACGCCAUGUGGGCAAACCGCAUCAUUGUCCACUGCGCCAAGGUUGUCGAGUUUUGUUUUGGCCAAGGCCAGCACAGUCCGCACGACCACCGCGCGCUGAUCGAGUACGACGACGGCUGGCUGCGGUGCCGACCAUCGACCUUUGUUCCCAUUGCCUACAUGGACGCGGAUGCGAGCCGAGGGGAGGUGUUUCCGCACAUCCUGUACUUUAGCCACGCCGUGGUGGUUGGCGUGGUCCACAGCAUGCUGGCACAGGCACUCCUCAUGUGCUGCGAUCCUGCGCUUCCCAGCAUGGCUCGCGGUCGGCUCAUCCGGCAGCGGAUUCUGCAGCUGUGCGGGACGGCGCUGUCCAACGAGUCGACGAUUCCUGCCAUGAUUACGGCGUCGCUGGGCAUCGCCACGUGCGGAGACAGGUUUGACGACCAUGUCGAGCGCAUGGCCUUGCUCGAUGUGCUGACCAAGACCGAGGGGGAUCACGCGUGGCCGACGGGCAAGAUACAGGGCCGUCUGAAGAAUGCAUGGGGUUGGGCGUGA